AGAUGACAGCAUCUUUGUCGAACUCAAUUUAAGCCAACCAAACAGGAUCGACCCCCUCCUCAGCCUCACGCACACACACACACACACUCUCACACACACACACACACACAAGUGCAGCCUGCAGGGGGAUAUGUCUCCUGCUCCGCUCUUUCCUCGGUCUGCAUGAAAAAAAAAAAAAAAAAAAAAAAAAUCCUACAAAUUGUCCCCAGAUAUUCACCAUCAUGCUCCCGAGUCCGGCUUUAACGUCCUCCACCACGCCUUUUUCAGUCAAGGACAUCCUGAAGUUGGAGUUGCAGCGACAGUCCCAGGAGCUGCAGUUCAUCUCCUGCCUGCAGCAGUCCGGGUCCCGCGGGCGCGACUCGCCGCCCUCCUGCAUGCUGGCCGGGAGAGACAGUCCGAGUCCGAUCAGUUCUGGCUUGUCGGAGAGCGACGAGCGGAUGUCCUACUUCGGCGUGCUGGCGGCACCGGACCGGCUGGGCGAGUCCGGGCUGCCGGCGGAGAUGUUUGCAGCCGGGCACCCGGUGCAGAUGCACGCCGCGGACCUCCAGGAGGACCAGGACGCCAAGGUGUGCGCGUCGCUGCGGGGCGAGGAGGCCGAGAAGCCGGCCAGCAAGCAGCAGAGGACCCGCAGGAAGCCCCGGGUCCUCUUCUCCCAGACGCAGGUGUUCGAGCUGGAGCGUCGCUUCAAGCGGCAGCGCUACCUGUCCGCCCCGGAGAGAGAACACCUGGCCGGCUCGCUCAAGCUCACGCCCACGCAGGUGAAGAUCUGGUUCCAGAACCGCAGGUACAAAUGCAAGAGGCAGCGGCAGGACAAGUCCCUGGAAAUGGUCGGCCAUCAUCACCAUCACCAUCACCAUCACCAUCCUCACAAUCCAGCGCCGCCUCCGCCGCCGCCGAGGCGGGUGCACGUACCGGUGCUGGUGCGCGACGGGCGGCCCUGUUUGACUGGAUCGCCGACUUAUAACGCCUCUUACUCGGUCGCAGCGAGCCCGUACAGCUACAGCGGCUACCCGGCCUACACGUACAGCAACUCUGCCUACAGCAACACUUAUUGUACGAGUCUGCCCGCCCUGCAGCCCUCCAGCACCGCGGCCAACGCCUUCAUGAGCAUGACUUUGGGGCCCCUGGGGGCGCAGACGCAGGGCCAACCCGCGCAAGGGACUGUGGCCCCGCCAUGCCAGGGGACUCUGCAGGGCAUCAGAGCCUGGUAACGCACAUUUGAAAUGGUGCAACAAAAAAUAAUCCCUGCACUAAACUGCUGUUUAUUUGUCUUUGAGUGUCAUAAAUAAGCACACAUUGAACAAUUAACUAUACGUCAGUUAAUCGGAAAUACACACGACUGACAAUUAAUGCCGAAUCUGCAGGAUAAAGCUUUUUUUUUUUUUUU